ACGGUAUAUUUUAACGAUAAAUCCGCUGUGGGAAGAGCUUGCAAAAUAAAUACAAACAAAUCUAAGAAAGAAAUAAAAUUAAUUAAUAACCGUUAGUGGCUGGAAGGAAGAACAACAACUCUACAAUGAACAUAAAUCUGCCCCAUUUUAACAUGAAGAACCUGGUCAAGGAAGCAGGCAGCACAAUAUCGCGUGUGGUGCAGCUGACGGAGGAGAAGCUUGGCACCACCGAACGCACCGAAUACGACUUGCACUUUCAAAAUCUCGCCGAACGUGCCGAUGUGACCAAGGCAUGGACAGAAAAGCUCGUCAAGGACACAGAAUCGGUGCUGAUACCGAAUCCACAGAACCGUGUCGAGGAUUACAUAUUCGAAAAGAUCGACAAGUCAAAACCCAAACGAGUAAGCAACCUGGAACACCUGGCCCUGGACAUGAUUGAGGCCGGCGGGGACUUCGGACAGGAUUUGCCCUACGGUCAGGCCCUCAUCAAGGUCGGACAGGCUGAGCAGAAACUGGGCCAGUGCGAGCACGAUUUCAUUGCCACCUCGGGCAUUUGUUUUACGCAACCGUUGCGCAAAUUCUUGGAGGGCGAGAUGAAGACGAUUAGCAAAGAGCGCGGCAUUCUCGAUUCGAAGCGCUUGGAUCUGGACGCCUGCAAGAACCGGGUCAAGAAGGCGCGCAGCAUGCUAGGCCAACAGUCGAAAGAUGGCAUCUCGCCAGAGGCUGCCUUGGAACAGGCGGAGCGCGACCUGCGCGUGGCCCAGGCGGAGUUCGACCGCCAGUCGGAAAUAACCAAGUUACUGCUGGACGGUAUUAGCACAUCGCAGGCCUCCCACCUGCGCCAUCUGCACGCCUUCAUCCAGACCCAGGUGCGCUAUUACAAACAGUGCGGCGAUGUCAUGGAACAGCUGCAGCGGGAGCUGGCCAACUUGGGAGGCCCGACACCAUAUAUACCGCUCGAUCUGAGCAACGCCAGUGCCAACAAGUCCAGCGCAACUGGCGGACCGUCGCCGUCUCGUGGUUCGGGCAACAAUAACAGCAGCAGUCAGGCUGCAUCCGCCCACAGGCCGACCAAUCAGCCCAUGCAUGUCAACACGGAUCAAAUGCAACGGGCUCGUGUCCUCUGCUCCUAUGACGCCAAGGAUCACACUGAGCUCAAUCUAAAUGCGAACGAGGUCAUAUUUGUCACCGAGUGCUCGCCCGUGAACGAGGACUAUAUGUACGCCAAGCAGGGCCUCAUGAAGGGACUCGUUCCGCGGGCCUUUGUCGAAAUGCUCGAUGAGGAGCCCGACGUCACCCUCUAAGUAAACGCGCGCAAUAUAAUGCAAUAAUCUCAACCAAAUACUCGUAUGUUGGACAGAAGAUGGAAAGGAGAGAAGUCAAAAUUAAAAGUCGAUGUUACGGCUCCGAAAUACUCACACGUAUAUGGGAAUGGAUUUGAAUUGGAAUGGCAAUUGGACAAUUAUAAAAUGCGGCCAAAAGGCAUUUGGCACUAGCAAGAGAGUACAAUAAUUUAUCAGAAUAUAGUUAUAUACAAAGCAUAUACAUACACACAUGCAUGCAUGAACAUAGUAUUAUAUAUAGAGCAUUCCCUAGUUUAGGCCACGUUUACCCCCAUCUCAUCCUUGUCCUCCCACACAUCCACGCCAUUUGCACAGCACAGCCACACGCGUCAAGCAAUAAUCGAAAAAUAUAGCAUGCGCGUAUUGUCAGCUGCCUGAAUCGAUUACUAUUUUAACAAUUACAACAAACACUAUAAACUGAAUACUUGGAACGAUUCUUAACUUUAUUAUUGUUACUGCGUAUCACAUAUCUGUAGAAAAUGUCUAAGCUUCUCCCUCCACACUCGUGAAAGUAUUAUGUAUUAUGUGUUAUGAUUGUCUCUACCGCAGUUAACAAACGAAAUUCACUGUGCUUUAAACUAUGGAUAUUCUAUAAUUAUAUAUAUGUACCUAUGAGAUUGUUAAUCCUAUUAUCUACGUAUUACAUUAUCCGCAAGUGUUUCCCAUUUAAGCUAAUUAGUAUUUAAUACAAAAUUAUUAAUUACUUACUUACUCAUUUCUGCUGCAAUUUAUUACGUUUAAAAAAAAAACCGCAAAUCCUUUGGUGCAAUUUUCAAAAGUCAAUUAUUAUGAAUGUUGCCUCUCAAAUCUAAGAGAAUCUACCCAAAAAAAAAAAAAAAAGAAACACCAAUUAGCGCUUAAUUAAUGCAAA